AUGGCUGAACGAUACAUUCCUGAGCAUCGGCGCACCCAGUUCAAGGCCAAGAACACCUUCAAGCCUGAGGAGCUUCGGCGCCGCCGCGAGGAGCAGCAGGUCGAAAUUCGGAAGGCAAAGCGCGAGGAGAAUCUUGCCAAGCGACGCGGAAUCGGCACCGGCGACUCGCGACCUGGUGCUUCGCUCGGCGCCGCACCCGAUAGCGACGAUGAGACCGUUCCUACUGAAUCUCAGCUCAAUGAGGACCUUCCCCAGAUGGUCCAGGGAGUCUUUUCUGAACAGAUCGACCUUCAAAUCCAAGCGACCACCAAAUUCAGGAAGCUCCUCUCUAAAGAGCGUAACCCGCCUAUUGAAGAGGUUAUCAAGACGGGUGUGGUGAGCCGAUUUGUCGAGUUCCUCCGCUCUCCGCACACCUUGGUCCAGUUCGAGGCCGCCUGGGCUCUGACAAACAUCGCUUCUGGCUCUGCCACUCAGACACAGGUGGUUAUUGAGGCCGGUGCUGUCCCGAUCUUUGUCGAGCUCCUUGGUAGCCCCGAGCCGGAUGUUCGUGAGCAGGCUGUUUGGGCAUUGGGCAAUAUCGCUGGUGACAGUCCCCAGUGCCGAGAUUAUGUCCUGAGCCAAGGUGCCCUGCAGCCUCUGUUGAGCCUCCUAGGCGACAGCCGAAAGCUCAGCAUGCUGCGCAACGCGACCUGGACCUUGAGCAACUUCUGCCGUGGCAAGACUCCGCAGCCCGACUGGACUACUAUUGCUCCUGCUCUGCCCGUCCUUGCCAAGCUCGUCUACUCUUUGGACGAUGAAGUCUUGAUUGAUGCUUGCUGGGCUAUUUCGUACCUGUCGGAUGGGUCCAACGACAAGAUCCAGGCUGUGAUCGAGGCCGGCAUCCCUCGCCGUCUCGUCGAGCUGCUUAUGCAUGCCUCGACAUCAGUCCAGACGCCGGCACUCCGUUCAGUUGGUAACAUUGUGACUGGCGAUGAUGUGCAGACCCAGGUCAUCAUCAACUGUGGCGCUUUGCCGUGCCUGCUCUCUCUGUUGAGUUCGAACAAGGACGGCAUUCGCAAGGAGGCGUGCUGGACAAUCUCCAACAUCACCGCCGGAAACUCGGCUCAGAUCCAGGCCGUUAUCGAUGCCAACAUUAUUCACCCGCUCAUUCACCUUCUCUCCAAUGGCGACCUCAAGACCCGCAAGGAAGCCUGCUGGGCUAUUAGCAAUGCCACGUCUGGUGGUCUCCAGAAGCCUGACCAGAUCCGGUAUCUCGUUUCCCAGGGAUGCAUCAAGCCGCUGUGCGAUCUUCUCGCAUGCCCCGAUAACAAGAUCAUCCAGGUGGCUCUCGACGGUCUCGAGAACAUCCUCAAGGUGGGCGAUUUGGACAAGCAAGCUGCGGGAGAUGGUCCGGACUCUAUCAACAGAUACGCCCUGUUCAUUGAGGAGUGCGGUGGCAUGGAGAAGAUUCACGAGUGCCAGACCAAUGCCAACGAGGAGAUCUACAUGAAGGCGUACAACAUCAUCGAGAAGUACUUCUCCGACGAGGACGAGAACGCCGAUGAGGGCAUGGGUCAAGCUCAGGGCGGCCAAGGCUUUGGCUUCGGCACCAAUGGCGCCCAAGGCGGUGGCUUCAACUUUGGCGGACCAAACGGCUCAGAGUCGAUGGACAUGUAG